UCCCGGCCCGGCCUCGGCGGGAUUCCCGGGGAACCGGGCACGGCUCCGGGGGGAGCGGGGCUGCAGCCAGAGCCAGGGGGAGGCGGCGGCCCGAGGAGGCCCCGCCGCGGGAGCUGGAUUGGAUUCCAGUCGCUUGUGAUUUGGAUUUGGCUGCCCCGUCCCUGGCAGCGUCCGAGGCCGGGCUGGACGGGGCUCUGAGCAAGCUGGGACCGUGGAAGGUGUCCCUGCCCACGGCCGGGGGUGGGGACGAGAUGAUCUUUAAGGUAACAAAACCCCAACAAACCAAAAAAAUCACACAAGGACACAGAUCACUGAAAUGUGAGAAUGGCCAAUUCUUUAAGAAGUGAAGUGAUAAAACUGUACAAAAAUCUGCUGUACCUUGGAAGGGAGUAUCCCAAAGGAGCAGACUACUUCAGAAGCCGCUUGAAAGCAGCUUUUCUAAAGAACAAAGAUGAGACAGACCCUGAAAAAAUUAAGCAGCUGAUUGCCCGCGGAGAGUUUGUUAUAAAGGAGCUGGAGGCUUUGUACUUCCUGAGGAAAUACCGAGCCAUGAAGCAGCGCUACUACAGCGACGACAAACCCUGACUGUGCCUGUAAGCACACACACCCAGGAAAGGUAACAAUAAAAGAGCUCUAACUGCAAAGAA